AUGCACUGGCCUGGUAGCAAUUUGCGGGAGAAAGCUCUGGACAAUGUCAUGAAACAUAUAAAGUACGAGGAUGAAACAACUCAAUACAUAUGCAUUGGUCCUCUAAAUAAGAUGUUGAAUAUGAUUUGUUGCUGGGUAGAAGAUCCAAACUCAGAGGCAUUCAAACUCCAUAUUGAAAGAAUAUAUGAUUUCUUAUGGGUCGCCAAAGACGGCAUGAAGCUGAAGUCUUACAAUGGCAGCCAACUAUGGGACACAGUUUUGACAGUUCAAGCUAUAUUUGCUACUGGCCUGACAAAAGAGUUCCCCCAUGCAAUAAAACUUGCCCAUGACUAUAUAAAAAGUUCACAGAUUCAUGUGAAUUUUCCUGGAGAUCAAAUUGAGUGGUAUCAUCAUAUAACUAAAGGUGGAUGGACACAUUCAACUGCUGACCAUGGGUGGCCAGUAUCAGACUGUACUGCAGAAGCAUUGAAGGUUAUAUUGAUGUUGAUUAAGCUUCCUCCUGAAUUGGUUGGCGAGCCUAUGGAAAGAAGCAAGCUUGAUGAUGCAGUCAAUAUUCUAUUGUCUUUGAUGAACGAUGAUGGUAGUUUUGGUGCAUAUGAGCUAACAAGAUCUUAUGAAUGGCUUGAGUUGCUCAAUCCUUCUGAGAGCUUUGGGGAUGUAAUGAUCGAGCAUUCGUAUGUUGAGUGUACAUCAUCAGUAAUUCAGGGUCUAGUGUUAUUUAGAGAAAUGUACCCCAAACAUUGUCGCAUGGAAGAGAUAGAAAAUUGUAUCCAAAAGGCAGCUGACUACAUUGAGAGCAUCCAACGGAGCGAUGGAUCAUGGUAUGGCUGCUGGGCUAUUUGUUUCACCUAUGGUACAUGGUUUAGUGUGAGAGGAUUGAUUGCUGCUGGCAGAACGUACAAGAACAGCCAAGCAAUCAGAAAAGCAUGUGAAUUUCUGCUAUCCAAGGAGCUUCUCCCAUUAGGGGGGUGGGGAGAAAGUUACCUCUCCAGUCAAAACAUGGUUUACACCAAUCUUGAAGGCAACCGGCCUCACGCGGUCAACACCAGUUGGGCCAUGUUGGCCCUAAUUGAUGCCGGACAGGGUCAAAGAAAUCCUGCACCUUUACAUAGGGCGGCCACGGUUCUUAUCAACUUCCAGUCGGAGGAUGGAGAGUUCCCUCAGCAAGACAUUAUUGGAGUUGCCAACCGCAACCUUAUGCUCACUUACGCCCAAUACAGGAACAUCUUCCCUGUCUGGGCUCUUGGAGAGUACUACCGUAGAAUGGUGCUCACAACAUAA